AUGACUCCUAGAACCAGAAUUGGAUUCCGAAACAGAUUAAGGUCAGCCUGGCAAAAGGUCAUGCCUCAACGCAACAACGAUAGCACUAGAGCUGGGCUAUCCAAACGACGUGUUGUUUUCGGUGCAGCCGCAUUUGUCGUCUCAAUGCUAGCUCGUCCUCUUGUGACUCUUGCAAUGGGAGGAAUGGGGGGGUCCAAGGGCCCUGUAGCACCGAUGGAAAGAAAGGACAUGAUUACCAUUGGAGGACUUUUCUUUGUUCUUUUCGUCGGUCUCGCAUUAUUGCACGCUGCUGAGAUUGCCAUUACCACUCUGUAUCCCUGGAAAGUUCGCGAAUUUGCGGAAGAAGAAGAGAAAUCUGGGAAGCAAGGUGUUUUCAAGAUUUUGGACGAAGACAUCACGCGGGUGUUGACAACAAUACUAGUGGCAUCGACUACUUGUUCCAUUUUUGCCACGACGGUUUUCACCCAUCUGGUUGCCUCGGCAUUUGGAGCGAGAGGAGAACGAUACGGAGCUUUGGCUUUGACUUGUCUGACACUUUUCUUUGUCGAACUUCUUCCAAAGUCGAUUGGAGUCACAAAUGCUGAAAAAGUCGCUCGAAUCAUGACACCUCCCAUCAUUGUCACCUCAACUAUUGUGAGCCCAAUUGGAAUCUCACUUACCUGGCUUGCGAAAAAGACAUUGGCACUGGUUGGGUUUAAGAGCAGUGGUGAUGGUGACAGUAUUUCUGAUUCACAACUGCGAUUGAUUGUCACUGGAGCUCGUGACUCGGGGACCAUUGAUCGUGGAGAACAAGAAAUGAUUCAGGGUGUGUUGGAGCUUCAAACACAAAGAGUUAAGGAAAUAAUGAAGCCUCGUGUCGAAAUCAUCGCAGUACAGAAAGAUAUGAGUGUUGCAAGUGUGCUAGGUGUGGUUCGUGAGAGUGGAUACAGUCGAAUUCCAGUUUACGAUGGCGAAAUCGAUAACAUUGUAGGCAUCGUCCUUGCCAAGAACGUUCUGGACUUCUUUGUCAAGGGAGUGUUGGUGGAUGACGAAGUUAUUCGUAAGAUCCGAGGAGACGAAACAUCUAUGGAAGACAUGAGCGACAAAGAGGUCACAAGAAAGCUCGCAACUGUUUCACUUGACGACAGAAAAACACAGAACGUCCUCACCGGCUCUGAAAUGGCCAAGAGGAUGCAGGAAUCAAUAAUGGACGCUGGACUAAUUGAAUCCUGUUACUUUGUUCCAGAGACCGCCAAUGGAUGGUCAGUGUUGCAAGAAAUGAGAAAGAGACGGGUGCACAUGGCUGUUGUGGUCGACGAAUUUGGAGGAACUGAAGGGUUAGUUUCAUUGGAAGACAUUGUCGAAGAAGUUGUUGGAGAAAUUUACGAUGAGGAUGAUGAGGAAGAGUAUGACUUUUCUGAAGAUUCAAUCACUCUUCAAGAAGAUGGUAGUUUCUUGGUCCGUGGAGACGCUGACCUGGAGGACUGUGACACCAUCUUGGAUUUGAAACUUAGCGAAGAGGACGCUUUGAGGGAAUUUUCAACGCUCAGUGGAUUCUUGUGUAUGUGUGCUGGUGAAAUUCCAAACAUGGGUGACUUUGUCAUGAGUCGAGGUUAUAGUUUUGAAAUUCUACAAGCCGAUGACAAGAAAAUUCUGCAAAUUAAGGUGGAAAGACUCAUCGGUGCCUUUGACGACGAGGACGAACUAGAUGACGAAAGCAAGAAGAUGUUGCGAGGUUUCGUGAAAAACAAACUUGAAGAUGAAGACGAUUACGAAGAUAUGGAAUCGGAGGUUGAUGAUCAACUUGAACAAACACGAGCGGCAAACAAGGAAGCAGCGAAAGAGAUUGAGCAACUCAUCGAAGGCGGAGCCAAGAAAGCGGAUCUUGUCGAGAAGGCUCUUAGCGACAUCGUAAGCGAUUCAUAG